AUGGUGCUAUUGGACCAACGAAACGAAUGGAUGACGGUACAAAGCGAGGCCUUACUGGUCAUUCCUAGUGGUGGCGGUGCUCGGCAGGAGGCGCAUAUCAACUCGUCCACAACACCCAUAAUCGACGCAGGAGAAUGUGUUGGCUUCCUACAAUCGGUCCGAGAUGUCACACGCUCUCGGAUAUGGGAGAGGCGCGCGGAGAUGCUUUGCAGUUUGAAUGACACUUUAUUGUCUGCGCAGGAUGUGAAAUCGUACUGGCAGAAACUUAUCGAGGGGCUGGAGCAGCAUAGUUCGGCCUUUGACGUCCCUCUUGCUAUUCUCUAUUCCUGCAGCACUCCUUCGGGCCCCGAUGCUCUAGUAGUAGAGCCAAACACCUCCCCAAGACUUCUUGCCUCUGUCGACUUGAGGCCUAGCACUGAGCUUGCCCGGGGGUUUCAAAAGGCCUUCGUCACCCGGCAAAAGCUCCUACUCCAAACCUCCGACUCUACUUUGUCUCCUGAUCUCUUCAGCACCCUGCCUCUCCGAAGCUCUAUUGGCGAGUGCCAAGCUGUUGUCAUCUGUCCAAUCCGUCCAGACAACAGGACGGAACCACGUGCUCUCCUCCUACUCGGGCUCAAUCCACAUCGACCAUAUGACAGUGACUACAAGCACUACAUCUCACUUCUCGAUCAGACAAUUUCCGCUUACUUGGCGUCAGCCACGACUCUUGAAGUUGCUGAUUUGCCGCAAUGGCACCCGGGUGUGAACGGUAUUGCGGACUCGAAGAGAAUCUCGAUGGAAAUUUUGGUCGCGGGCGAGGAUAUUAGCUCGGAUAAGAUGGCUGGCACAGACGCUACACAAGUUGAACCAAAAACAGACGAGCCAAUGCAUUCACUUUCUAUCGGUGGUAUGAAGCCUGAUUUCACCAACCCCGAGAUAGCGAAAAUCCCUCCACAAAUUUCCAUUAACAACACAACGACGAAGGAGCAAGAAAUCGAGAAGCUACAGAGAAUGGCUGAACUAGCCGCUGUUGGGAUAUGUGAAACCGAUCUAAAUGGGAGGUUGAUCGAGGCCAACAAGUUUUUCUUUGACCUUUGUGGGAUCCCAAAAGUUGAUGAUUUGGCAACCGCAGAUGUCCGGCCGUGGGAAAUCUGUGUGCCAGAGGAGCAGAAAACACCACUCAUUGACGUCCUCGGCCGUCUUGUCAAAGAUGGUAUGCCUCAAACGACAGAGCUCCAUGAUACUGGUAUCCCCGCGAGUGUUCCGUUGGCGCGAACGCAUCCUGCUGGCCAAGGCUCAAACAUUGACCAGCUCUCUUCCGAGAGAGCCCGGAUUGUCGAGGAAAGCAUUGAUAAUGCGGAGACAAUAAUUGCGUGCGCUCAACACCAAAAACGCAUUAUUGACGACCUCCUAACAGUAUCCAAACUUGAUUCUAAGCUUAUCGCUGUCACCCCGUGCACUGUCGACCCAUUGGUCAUGGUCCGCAAUGCGCUGAAAAUGUUUGAAGUGGAAGCCAGACGUGUUGACGUCGACCUAACGAUGACGGUAGACCAUACGUUUGCGGCUAUGGGUCACGACCAUUUUGAUUUUGAUCCUUCCCGGGCCAAGCAGGUUCUGAUAAACCUACUUACGAAUGCUCUUAAAUUUACGAAGAAUCGCCCCGUGCGUAAUGUGUCUGUUCUUGUGAAAGCUUCUCGAGAUCGACCUACCAACGAUAUAUCGGGAGUUCGCUUCAUGCCCCGGUCUUAUGAUGAGCCUGAAUAUGAGCAACCCGACCUUAUUGGGAGGACUGACCCCGUAUUUCUAAUCUUUGAGGUCAAGGACACCGGGCGUGGUCUCUCGGAGGAUGAAAUGCGCCACCUCUUCAACAGAUUCCAGCAGGCGAGCUCAUUCACACAUGUCAACCAUGGGGGCUCCGGCUUGGGGCUUUUUAUUUCUCGGCGGCUUACUGAGCUUCAAAACGGCGCCAUUGGGGUUUCAAGCGCCCCCAAUUCUGGCUCAACUUUUGUUUUCUUCAUUGAGGCUUAUCUCCCGAGUAUACCCGCCGUGGAAGAGACAGCACUAUCCACUUCUGCAUCGGCCGUGGCAUUGUCGACAGCUGCAGUCGCAAUUGCCAAUGCAAGCCUUGACGGGAUCUUGGUCGUAGAGGACAAUAACAUCAAUCAGCAAAUCACGAAACGUGGUCUUACUCAAAAGGGGUUUCGAGUCGAUGUCGCGAAUCAUGGUCUUGAAGCCUUGGAAAAGCUGACAGGCUCUAGGCCACGGGGCGAGACGUCGAACGACCUAGGGAACCCCACGAAGCCCCCUCAUUCGCCACCUUUCAAUCUUAUUCUCAUGGACAUUGAGAUGCCGGUGCAAGAUGGCCUUACGUGUGCUCGUAAAAUUCGAGAGCUUGAGGAUGAAGGCAUGGUUUUCUCAGCCCACACUGACCGCAUUCCAAUCAUUGCCGUGAGCGCCCAUGCAAAAGAGACCCAGGUUGGAGCGGCUCUCAAAGCAGGUUGUGACGAUGUCCUCGUCAAACCAUAUCGCAUGUCUGAGUUGAUCGAAAAGAUGGAGGCCUUGGCUCGCAAACUCCAUCCUGGGAGCCCUAAUAUGCCAGUUUCCCUAUCGCAAACCCCUAACUCCCAAGCAUCCCACUGCCAUUGA